UCUCUUUCUCAAACACACACACACACACAAUAAAUCAAUGUGUGUGUGUGACACUUUAUUCCAGUGAUAUUUUAAUAUUUAGUAAAAACAAAGACGUAGCUCAAAGAGCUUUAUUUAAAUUACAAAAUGGAACCUGAUAACCAAAAGACUGAUGAUACCUCGAAUAAUAAUAAUAAUAAUAAUAAUAAUGGUUCAAAAUCAAAUACUGAAUUUGAUUCUGGAUUCUUAUUCAAUCUUGAUCCGAAAAAACUUUCUUUUUUUCCCUAUUCUAAUGGAAAAAGUUGUAGCAUUAAAACAGAAUCAAAAUCAACAAUGCAACAACAACAAAGUAUACAGAUUUCAUCGAAACGUGAUGAUCUUUAUUAUAAUAUGGGACAUGAAUAUCAAGGACGUUGUAUAAUUUUAAAUUAUGAAUCAUUCGAUUCUGAAGAGCUUAGCCGUCGUCGUGGCACUGAAAGUGAUGUACGAAAAUUGUUACAAACAUUUAAACAGCUUAAUUUUGUUGUUCAAAUGUACAAUGAUCUCACACAGCAAAAAACGUUCGAUAUUUUUAGACAAGAAUCAAUGUUUGAUCAUACCAAUUAUAAUUGUUUUGUCGUUUGUGUAUUGACACAUGGAUCCAAUGGAAUUUUACAUACAAAGGAUAAAAAAUUCGACACAAAUAAAAUGUUUGAAUUUUUCACUGGUUCACGUUGUCCAACAUUGGUUGGAAAACCAAAAUUAUUUUUCAUACAAGCAUGUCAAGGUGAAAAAUUUGAUUCAGGUGUAUUGGCACAUGAUUCUCCAUUAUCGACACCGAAUUAUUUUAUGGUACCAAAUUAUGCAGAUUUUCUCAUCUUUUAUAGUACAUUUCCUGGAUAUUACUCAUGGCGUAAUGUUGAACAUGGAUCAUGGUUCAUUCAAACAUUAUGCGAAGUAUUUGAUGAAUAUGGUCGAAAAUAUGAUGUUAUGACAUUGUUGACUAUUGUUUGUCAAAAAGUGGCCAUCAAUUAUGAAUCAAAAGUGCCGAAUAAUUUUUCAAUGCAUCGUAAAAAACAGAUUCCAUGUAUUAUGUCAACAUUGACACGUUUAAUUGCUUUCUGAUCAAACUGGAACUACAACUG